GAUUUGGAUUCAGCUGUGAGCUCAAUGUUAGUUUAGUUCUCCAUUACUAACAGAAACUGUUUAGUGUGGAAGAAAACGUUUACUAAUGCAGGUGAAGUGAAGGAGAGAACCCGACUGCACUUCAAAGUAUAAGUGUCCUGGCUAUGGGUCGCCAUUCUGUACCUGCUGGAGUGGAGUGUGUCUCUUUCAGUACUGUGAUGAGGAACUGGUGGCAGCGUGUAUUGCUGCUGGUUUGUGUUCCUUUGCUGGCCAUCUACCUUCAUAUCCCACAGCCUCAGCUUUCAAGUGCCCUACAGACCUGGUACUCCUCUGGUCACUUCUUCAGCUUCAGAGGAUACAAUAUAUUUUAUAAAGAAUCAUUUGGUGUUGUAGGGAGCUCUGAUGUGGUGCUACUCCUUCAUGGUUUUCCUACUUCAAGCUAUGACUGGCAUAAGAUUUGGGAGCCCCUAAAUCAGCGUUUUAACAGAGUCAUUGCACUUGACUUCCUAGGCUUUGGGUUCUCGGACAAACCUAGACCACAUCGGUAUUCUAUCUUUGAGCAGGCCAGUAUAGUAGAAGCUUUACUCUCCAAUUUGGGCCUCACUGAUCAUAAAAUCAACCUUCUCUCACAUGACUAUGGAGACACUGUAGCACUGGAGCUGCUCUACAGGAGUGACAACAAUCGAACUGGACAUAUGGCCAUAAACAGCCUUUGCCUUUCAAAUGGAGGUAUUUUUCCUGAGACACAUUACCCAAGGUUUCUGCAAAAUGUGCUAAAGGACUCUGGGUUCAUUUCCCCUCUACUCACAAGAAUUUUAAACUACUUCUUUUUUUCUAGAGGGAUUGGAGAAGUAUUUGGUCCCUACACACAGCCAACGGAAGCUGAGUUCUGGGACAUGUGGACAGCUUUUCGCUUUAAUGAUGGUAACUUGGUCGUGGACAGCAUUCUGCAAUAUAUUAAUCAAAGACAGAAACACAGAGACAGAUGGGUGGGAGCACUCACCUCUACUUUAACCCCAUUGCACUUGAUUUAUGGGCCACUAGAUCCAGUUAACCCACAUCCCCAGUUCAUUCAUCUCUACCAAAAGCUGGUUCAAAGUUCAACUCUGACAGUUCUAGAUGGGCACAUCAGCCAUUACCCACAGCUUGAGGACCCCACAGGCUUUUCAAAUGCCUACCUCAACUUUAUCAACUCUUUCUGAGCAGUUCAGACAGAUGCAGUGAAGAAAUUGUGGUGCAGUCAUUAUUGUGAAUGAAUAAUGUGAAUGUUAAUGUGCUGUAAUACAAAGAAAUGAUGUUCCUGAUCAGCUUAAAACAUGAACACCUGUUUAAUUAUGGUACAGCCUUUUUGCUGUUCUUUUAAUAAAAAUAUCAAAAAUA